GGUGCGGCUAGUGCAGUGGUUGUGUUCUACUCUCCUCAACCAUGGCACAACUCGAUGUGGACAGUUUAAUGUCCCGUCUUCUGAAUGUGGGCAUGGCCGGCGGAAGGCUGACGACCUCAGUCUCGGAGCAAGAGAUACAACAGUGCUGCUUUAUGGCAAGACAAGUGUUUAUUUCUCAGUCGUCUCUGAUCGAAGUUGAACCCCCUCUUGUGGUCUGUGGAGAUAUUCAUGGACAAUACUCGGAUCUUCUGCGCAUUUUCGAUAAAAAUGGCUUUCCACCUGAGACGAACUAUUUAUUUCUUGGUGAUUAUGUUGAUAGAGGACGUCAGAACAUAGAAACCAUAUGCCUCGUAUUUUGCUACAGGAUCAAAUAUUCUGAAAGUUUCUUUAUGCUUCGUGGGAACCACGAAUGUCCAGCAAUUAACCGCGUGUACGGUUUUUACGAGGAAUGCAAUCGGAGAUACAAGAGCUCACGCUUAUGGAGUUCAUUUCAAGAUACCUUCAACUGGAUGCCAUUGUGCGGAUAUAUCGCUGGAAGAAUUCUGUGCAUGCAUGGCGGAUUGUCACCACAGUUAGCCAACAUAGAGCAGCUGCGACAUCUUCCUCGUCCACAGGAUCCUCCAAACCCAUCCAUGGGUAUAGAUCUGCUUUGGGCCGAUCCCGACCAAUGGGUGAAGGAUGUGGUAUUCGACGUCUGUCAGAAAAUGAACCUUGACUUGAUUGCAAGAGCUCACCAGGUGGUGCAAGACGGGUACGAGUUUUUUGCCUCAAAAAAACUUGUAACAAUCUUCUCGGCACCUCAUUACUGUGGCCAAUUUGACAAUUUCGCAGCGACUAUGAAGGUGGGCGAGGACCUAGUUUGCAACUUUGCCAUGUACAAGCCUACUGCUAAGGCUGCAAGACUGGCUGCUGGAAUAUCCUGAAAACCAUGUGAUAUAAUAAAGACAUUUCACAG